AUUCGGGUCGGUUUUGAGUUUGAAUCGAACUCUUAAGUUCCUUUAAACAAAAAAUCGUAGAAGCAGCGGUAGCCAAUGUGCGCUCUCUUGCAGCACAAAGACACUUCCUCCCAUUCUUUAUCUCUCCGGCCAAUCUCGUUAUCGCCUUCACCGCCGCGUUUAUUCGGCGGCAAUUCCUUCGCCGCUUUCUUAUUUUUACCAACUUUAAGAUCAGAGUAAAACCCUAACAUUUCAAAUUGAGCGAGCAUUUUAUUUUUGUCCCUAAGCUCUCAGAAAAACUGAAACCCUAGAUUGAUUUGAUUAUUUCAUUUUUGUGAAGAGAAACAAAAAAGAAGCGGCAAGAUGAGGAUUAUGAUAAAAGGAGGUGUGUGGAAGAACACAGAGGAUGAAAUAUUGAAAGCGGCGGUUAUGAAAUAUGGGAAAAACCAGUGGGCUAGAAUAUCGUCUCUGCUGGUUCGUAAAUCUGCUAAACAAUGUAAAGCUCGCUGGUAUGAGUGGCUUGACCCCUCCAUUAAAAAGACGGAGUGGACCAGAGAAGAGGAUGAGAAACUGCUUCAUCUUGCUAAGCUCAUGCCUACUCAAUGGAGAACUAUUGCUCCAAUUGUUGGUCGUACACCAUCUCAGUGCCUAGAGCGUUAUGAGAAGCUUCUUGAUGCUGCUUGUGUUAAGGAUGAGAACUAUGAACCUGGUGAUGACCCUCGGAAAUUGCGUCCUGGAGAAAUUGAUCCAAACCCUGAGUCUAAGCCUGCUCGUCCUGAUCCUGUUGAUAUGGAUGAAGACGAAAAAGAAAUGCUUUCGGAGGCGCGUGCUAGGUUAGCGAAUACUAGAGGUAAAAAGGCGAAAAGGAAAGCUAGAGAGAAACAGCUUGAAGAGGCCAGGAGGCUUGCUUCUUUACAGAAACGGAGAGAAUUGAAAGCUGCUGGUAUUGACAAUCGUCAUCGGAAGAGGAAGAGAAAGGGAAUAGACUAUAAUGCAGAAAUCCCUUUUGAGAAGAAGCCCCCUCCUGGCUUUUUUGAUGUUGCGGACGAAGAUAGAGCAGUGGAACAGCCUUCCUUCCCAACUACAAUUGGAGAACUUGAAGGGAAGAGAAGGGUUGAUAUUGAGGCCCAGUUGAGAAAGCAGGACAUUGCAAAGAAUAAAAUUGCUCAAAGGCAGGAUGCCCCAUCUGCUAUACUACAAGCAAACAAGAUGAAUGAUCCAGAGACAGUAAGGAAGAGAUCGAAGUUGAUGCUUCCUGCUCCACAGAUAUCAGACCAUGAAUUGGAAGAAAUUGCAAAGAUGGGUUAUGCAAGUGAUCUUAUUGCUGGGAGCGAGGAACUAACUGAAGGGACUGGUGCAACUCGUGCUCUUCUGGCAAACUAUGCGCAGACUCCGCAACAGGGAAUGACACCAUUGCGGACCCCACAAAGAACUCCUGCUGGUAAGGGCGAUGCGAUUAUGAUGGAAGCAGAAAACUUGGCACGAUUGAGAGAGUCUCAGACUCCAUUACUGGGAGGAGAGAACCCAGAGUUGCACCCUUCAGAUUUUUCAGGUGUCACCCCUAGGAGAAGGGAGAUCCAAACACCAAAUCCAAUGCUUACACCUUCUGCAACUCCUGGAGCUGCUGGUCUUACUCCUAGAAUUGGCAUGACACCAACAAGGGAUGGGUAUUCUUUUGGCCUGACACCAAGAGGAACCCCCAUAAGGGAUGAACUCCAUAUAAAUGAAGACAUGGAUAUGCAUGACAGUGCAAAACUUGAGCAACAAAGAAAAGCUGAUCAAAAAAAGAACUUGCAAUCUGGUUUUAUUAAUCUUCCACAGGCCAGGAAUGAAUACCAAAUAGUUAGUCAACCACCUCCAGAAGAUAACGAAGAACCCGAGGAGAAGAUUGAAGAGGAUAUGUCAGAUAGGAUAGCCAGAGAAAAGGCUGAGGAAGAAGCUCGGCUGCAGGCAUUGCUUAGGAAGAGAUCAAAAGUACUUCAAAGGGAACUUCCUAGGCCACCUGCUGCUUCAUUGGAGAUGAUGAAAAAUUCUCUGUUGAGAUCUGAUGGAGAUAAGAGUUCCUUUGUUCCUCCUACAUCAAUUGAACAGGCUGAUGAAAUGGUACGCAAGGAGCUUGUUAUGCUACUCGAGCAUGAUAAUGCAAAGUAUCCCCUAGAUGAGAAGCUGAAUAAGGAGAAAAAGAAAGGUGCCAAACGUUCUGCAAAUGGAGCUGCUGCUUCUGUACCUGGGAUAGAGGAUUUUGAAGAAAAUGAAUUAAAAGAAGCUGAUAAUUUGAUCAAGGAAGACGCGCAGUAUAUCCGGGCAGCAAUGGGGCAUGAAAAUGAAUCUCUUGAUGAAUUUGUUGAAGCACACAAAUUAUGUAUAAAUGAUCUGAUGUACUUCCCUACACGGGAUGCUUAUGGUCUCUCAAGUGUCGCCGGAAAUGUGGAGAAACUGGCAGCUAUACAGCAUGAAUUUGAAAAUGUUAAGACAAGGUUAGAGGCUGAAAGAGAGAAGGCAUUACGCCUUGAGAAGAAGGUUAAUGUUCUUACACAAGGUUAUCAGAUACGUGCAGAAAGACAACUUUUGCCACCAAUAGAGUCAAUCUUAAAGCAGAUAGACACUGCUGGAACAGAACUGGAGUGCUUUCGAGCUUUACAGAAGCAAGAGCAAUUAGCAUCAUCACACAGGAUUAAUGGUUUGUGGGCGGAAGUCCAGAAGCAGAAGGAACUAGAACAAACUAUGCAAAGGCGGUAUGGAGGUCUUGUGGUUGAGCUAGAAAGAAUGCAACAUUUAAUGAAUGAUUACAGAGCGCAAGCAAAGCGACAGGAAGAAAUUGCCGCUCAGAAUCGGGCACUUGAGGCAGCUGAGACAGCGGCAAAGCAACAGGAAGAAAUUGCUGCUCAGAAUCGUGUUCUUGAGGUAGCUGAGAUACCGAAAAAGCAAGCUACCGUGACAAAUUCUGACACUACUGUGCCCACACCUGCUGAUGAUCAUGCGAGUUCUAUGACAGUUGAUUCAUCUAAUGUUGAAAUUUUAGCGCCGCAAACCAGUGAUGCUCAAGUUCAUGUUAUUUCAAGUCCAAAACAUGGUGUUGAUGCCUAUCCUGAGAACGAGAAUGCACCCAUGGACACAAAUGUUAGCUCAUCUAAUGAUGCACCUUCUGCUAUGGAAUUGGAAGGAAUACAUGUUCCACUUGUACAAGUGGAGGGGUCUGCUACUGAUGUCUCUGGGUUGGAUGAAAAUAACAAAGUUGGAGAUCCUGCUCAGAACACGAUAAAGCAAGUAGAUAAAAUUUCUGAUAUUGCAGAUGGAAAUUUGUCGACCAGUGGAAAUGCUGGUGAUGUUUCCAUUAGCACCGAGGUUGUAAAGGAUGGUACGGUAGGUGAGCAACAUUCUGUCGUGGAAAUAACAAGCACAGAUACCGAUGUGGCCGGACAAGGAGAUAGCGGUGAAGACGAGAGGGCAAGUUUAUCAAAGGCUGAGGAGAGUGUAUAAUGUUGGACCGGAUAGAACUGGAAUAUACAAAGGCGGGAAAUUGCAAGCUUUAGUUGCACCAUAAUCUUUCUUGAAUCUAUGCCAUAAUCUUGCUGAAUUUGUCGACGUGGAUUGAAUGGAACCCAGAAUUGAAGUUUGUCAUAUUAAAUCAAUAUGGUUAAUCAGGGAGUUUUCGAGUUAGUGUUCCCAUAUUUCUGCGAGAACUUGGGACAUGUUUGCCCAAUCUUUUUGUUCUGUUUGAAAAUGACAUUAGUGUUGAAAAUGUGGUUGUAUGUACCGUACGGUGAAAUGUUAGACGAACUGUAAUAUUAUGAGAAAAUGAUCCGCCAUAGUCGUAUUAUUCAAUUAAAGCUCAACAUAUGAGCACAGUAUGUCA